UCUCUCUCUCUCUCUCUCUAUCUAUGUGUGUGCUGAGUUACGAAUCAGGUUUUUCUGGGCUGCUUCGACUUCAUCGAAUUUUCCUUAAACAAUUCUACCCCUAUCCCCAAAAAUGGCGUCCGCAAUGCUAAACGGAGCUGAAAACCUCACCCUAACCAGACGAAUCGCACAAUCCCCAAACGGCUUAGCUUUCCCCGGCUGUCAUUCCUCCAAAUUAGCCGGCGCAAUCUCGAUUAGGGCCGCCGGGAAAUCAAAAACCCUCGUCCCGAAAUGCAGCCUGUCGGCCUCCCGGCCGGCUUCUCAGCCGAGGUUCAUCCAGCACAAGAAGGAGGCCUUCUGGUUCUACCGAUUCCUCUCGAUCGUGUACGACCACGUCAUCAACCCCGGCCACUGGACGGAGGACAUGAGGGACGAGGCCCUGGAGCCGGCCGAUUUGAGCAGCCGGAGCAUGACGGUUGUGGACGUGGGCGGCGGCACUGGUUUCACGACGCUGGGGAUAGUGAAGCACGUGGACGCUAAGAACGUGACGAUUCUGGACCAGUCCCCGCACCAGCUUGCCAAGGCUAAGGCGAAGGAGCCUCUGAAGGAGUGCAGGGUAAUCGAAGGGGAUGCAGAGGACCUCCCUUUCCCGACCGAUUAUGCGGAUAGAUAUGUUUCGGCCGGAAGUAUUGAGUACUGGCCAGACCCUCAGCGUGGAAUCAGGGAAGCUUACAGGGUUCUCAAAAUCGGGGGGAAAGCUUGCAUUAUUGGUCCUGUUUACCCGACAUUUUGGCUGUCUCGUUUCUUUGCGGAUGUGUGGAUGCUUUUCCCCAAGGAAGAAGAGUACAUAGAAUGGUUUGCAAAGGCUGGAUUCAAGGACGUGCAACUUAAAAGGAUUGGCCCAAAAUGGUAUCGAGGGGUUCGUAGGCAUGGGCUUAUCAUGGGAUGCUCGGUUACAGGUGUGAAGCCCGCUUCUGGGGACUCGCCUUUGCAGCUUGGUCCUAAGACAGAGGAUGUGUCGAAACCCAUAAAUAAUCCUUUUGCGUUUCUUGGGCGGUUCUUGCUCGGUGCCCUGGCGGCAACUUAUUAUGUGUUGGUUCCGAUUUACAUGUGGCUUAAGGAUCAAAUUGUCCCGAAAGGUCAACCUAUUUAGGAUGAUGUGAAGGUAAUGUGAUUUGGUCCAGCUUUUGAAGCUCUUUUUUUUAACUGUAUUUCUCCAUGGCAACUGUCUGACUUCUUAAAUUCUCAGUGUCUGAAUCCAUGGGGUGAGUUUUCUUGUGGUUUUUCGUUCAAGAAAAAAGUUUGAUGUACUUAUUAGUUCGUCUAAUGGUUAAGAUCAUUUGUAGGGAAUUUGUGGUCUGGAUUCUUAUGUUCCUUAUCUAAAACUGUGUGUAGGACCAAUUUUAGUUUAAAAUCCUUAAGAAUUGUUGGCCAUUUCUAUUUGCUUUGUGUUUAGAAGAUCAUCAUCCACAUUGUUGGAAAAAAAUUAGAGCCAGCAGUUGAAAUAACAAAACAAAUAGAAAUUCCAGUGUUUUAGAAGUUGCUAGGCACCCGACUAGCGCCGAGGUGAGACUUAGACAAUUUUCAAGUACAUAAAAGAAAAAGAGGUAUCGGCUUCAUGUUUCGCGCAUGAACAAUAUAAUCUAUGUCCAAUUCAAUUUGCGUUUAUUGAACAAACGCAAAUGGAAGAAUGAAAAAGAUGUGUUACUUGCUAGUGAGACAAGUAAAACACAACCAUUCCAAGAUUAGUAGACGAUGAAGAUGGGGAGGUUAAUGGACUUGAAGUUGAGGAUGACUCAUCAAGAGUUAGAGAGCUUGAGGAAGAAGAUUUUGAAUCCGACGAGGAGGAACAAGUUAAUGAGAAUGAUAUU